AUGGGCGGUGGCGAUGGUUACAGAUCUGUGGCAUACUUUGUAAACUGGGCUAUCUACGGCCGCAAUCACAAUCCUCAAGACCUUCCUGCGGAGAAGCUCACCCAUGUGCUCUACGCCUUCGCCAACAUCCGCCCAGAAACCGGAGAGGUCUACCUAACAGACACCUGGUCCGACAUCGAAAAGCACUACCCUACCGACUCCUGGAACGACGUGGGCACCAACGUCUACGGCUGCAUAAAGCAGCUCAACCUGCUCAAGAAGCGCAACCGCGACCUCAAAGUCCUCCUCUCCAUCGGCGGCUGGACCUACUCCGCCAACUUCGCGCAGCCCGCAUCUACCGAAGCAGGCCGCAAGCGCUUCGCCUCGAGCGCCGUCCAGCUGCUCAAAGACCUCGGUCUUGACGGGCUGGACAUCGACUGGGAGUACCCGCAAGACUCCACCGAAGUCUCCAACUUCGUGCUCCUGCUCAAGGAAGUGCGGUCGGCGCUUGACGAGUACGGCCGCCAUCUGUGCGACCGCCACCACCUCCCGCACCCGCGCUUCCUCCUCAGCAUCGCGUGUCCCGCCGGCCCGCAGAACUAUCAAAAGCUCGACCUCGCCGCCAUGGACCCCCUCCUCGACUUCUGGAACCUGAUGGCCUACGACUACGCCGGCGCCUGGGGCGCCUGCUGCGCGCACCAAUCGAACCUGUACCCUUGCCGCAGCGACCCAGCCUGCACGCCCUUCAGCACCUCCGCAGCCGUGGAACACUACCUCGCCCACGGCGGCAUCCCGUCCAGCAAACUCGUGCUCGGCAUGCCGCUCUACGGCCGCGCCUUUUGCGGCACCUCCGGCCCCGGGCGCCCGUUCUGCGGCACGGGGGAGGGGAGUUGGGAGGGCGGGGUGUGGGAUUUCAAGGCGUUGCCGCGGCCGGGGUCCAAGGUGUGUCUGGACACGGAGGUCGGGGCGAGUUGGUGUAUCGAUGACAGGGGGACGAUGGUGAGCUAUGACAGCGUGGAGAUGGCGCGGAUGAAGGCGGAGUUUGUGGAGCAGAGGGGGCUGGGCGGGGCGAUGUGGUGGGAGAGUAGUGCGGAUGGCUGCGGGGAGGGUAGUCUGAUUGCUACGGUUGUCAAUAAGCUUGGUGGGCCGAGGCAGGGGAAGAUGGAGCAUAGCUGUAAUGUGCUUGCGUAUCCGGACUCGAAGUACGAGAACAUGAGGAAGGGGUUUCCUGGUGAGUAG